AUUUCAGCGUGGCGACUCUCAGACGCGCGGCGGCAUGUGGGUCGAUCAGUGCGUGGUCCUAUUAAGCCUCAUUUCGUGUGUCUUUUUCAAUGCUAAUGCCACACCAGUUGACGCCGCGAAACGAAGAACUAUUGAUGUGUGGGUGUACGACGAUGCGAGAAAUCCGUGGGACGGCAAAAUCGUGGCUAUUGCUGCCGACGCACAAGAGACGUUAGACACAAUCCAAGAGUUCCUCACAACAUCUACUCAUCGUGUUCACGAUGGUGAUCUCGACCUCGUUGCUCUUGCUUCUAUCGAAACUGCUUUGUACGAGCAUUUUUACACGCUUGUCGAUUUGGCAAAAGAUAUGGAGUACACAAUGUCGUCCGAGUCGAUGAAGUCGACCGCCGCUCGCAUCUUCGAGCUAAAUGGAAGCAUGCAAGACCUGCUGAACCUUGUGUCCAAGCAACGCAAAGUCGCCAGUGGUAGACACUCAAGUGCCUCCGCCGCCACGGACCCGUACGCGCUAUCGGACCCGUUUCUCGACAUGUACGACGAGCUUGUGGACAUGGGGUACUCCCCCGCUGCAUUUGAGCGAUGGUUGGAAUUGGCUGCUUCCGAGGCAUCCCCCGGUACCGCGUACGAGGCUAUUGCUACGUACAUGUUGUUCCAACCCCAAGACACAGCUGUGUAUCCAUUGAACCUUUCUGCGGCCCUCGACUUGCUGGAGCGUGCCGGAACUGCGUCUGCUAAGGUGCUACAAACCAUCGUUCGCAUGGCAGUGUUUCAGAACCAAAUCGCGUCCGCGGCAUCUACGGCAGAUGCACUUCUGCGCACCCAUGCCGCGACCAAUUUUCUGGCCAGAAUGGUGCUGGCCGCGCGGCUGUAUUCGCAUGCAGCAGCACCACUGACUGAUGAUGAUCCGUGUGAAGAAGCCGUGGCGUACUACUACACAAGUGCUGAAGACAGCGUUCAGGACAUGAUCGACUCAGGCGGGGAGAAGGAGAACUAUGAGCCCAUGCUGCGGCUCUCAGAAGCGUGGAUGGGCAUGCAUCGUUCGUCCGACGACCUGCUGGAGGUACCGCUAAACGGCAUGGACGCGUUGGACUACGUUCGGUCGCUGGCGUUGGGAGGAAACCCUGAAGCAGUUCAUCGACUGGGCGAAAUGCAUUUUUUUGGCGAUGCGCAGGCAGGUCUGGCCCCGAAUCCGAUUGAAGCUCUGCGACAUUUUGAAGAAGCGGCGGCGAACGGCAUUGCCCACUCCAUGGCGAAUCUUGGCCUCAUGUAUGCUAACGGCAUGGGAGUUGACCCGAACCCGGAGCGCGCGGUGCAGUACUUUCAGCAAGCUGCGGACCAGGGCAACGCGUUCGCGGUCAACGGUCUCGGCUACAUGCACUGGACAGGCCAAGGCGUGGCAAAAAACUCAACGAAAGCCGUGGGGUACUUUCAAAAGGCUGUCGAUUUGGGGUUUCCUGAAGCCCAUCAGUACUUAGGGGCUGCCUACUUGGACGGCGACGGGGUCGACCAGAACAACACGCGGGCUUUCCACCACUUUUCAAUCGCCGCCAACGAGAGCGACUCGCGGCAAGCUCACCUAAACUUGGGCAUCAUGUACUACAAAGGCCUCGGAACGCCUCGGUCUUGUCCGUUGGCCGUCCAAGCAUUCCGCACCGUGGCGUGGCGCGCAGCGCUUUUUGACGAUGUCCUCCUGUCGCCUGAACUAGGCCACAAAGCUUUUUUGCGCGGCGACAUGGCGCGGUCCUUGCUUCACUAUUCCAUUUGGGCGCUCUUCGGGGUACCGCAAGCCGCAUGCAACGCCGGGUUUCUCCUCGACCAGAUGCACACUCAGCCGUUCGACACAACACCGCCCCUGCAGCUGGCCAAAGCGCUGUACGAAGCUGCAGGAUCCGACCCCGAAGCGCUUCGAAAGCUCGGCCAUUGCCAUCGUGACGGAUGGGACCACGCUUGUUCAGCAAAUGCCACAAUUGCACUCGAGUAUUACGCCAAAGCAGGAUCCCUCCACGACAGCGAAGCAUUGUACAGCGCCGGCAUGCUCUACACGACCCACGGCAAAUGGGACCAAGCCCACGAUGCGUGGCAGGCCUGCUUGAGCCACGACUACCCAACCAACAUGCCGUGCAUUCUCCCCGCUCUGGCCCUCGACGUGUGGGCAGGACUAAUUUGGGUCGCGACGUCCGUCGUCCACGCUUGGACAUUGCUGCACGACAUUGUCGUAUUUUCAUAAGUUUAUUAAGGUAGCUCUCCACUAGUAGACUGAU